AAAUGAUUGUGAGAAUCGAAGCCUGUUUCUGCUGGAGAAACCCAGGUCGGAUCUUGCCAGGGGUAUGUGUAUGUGCCCCGCACUUUCCUUCUCUACGACCAUCUCACUCCCCGGCCACGGACAGACAGACAGAUGACAGUGAAGUUGCCUGUGUAAAACCUAUUCACUGCGUUUGCACGGCUUGAGGAAGGGAAGCCAGCUGUGUUAAUGCCUAGCCUCCUUGAAUGACAGAUCAACCAGUCACUCGAUGGGGAGCAACGGUGGACCUCCUUUUUGUGUCACCUUCCCACCUCUCUGUAGCAAGAAAAGUAACUUCAGCACCUCUUCAAUAAUAAUGAUGAAACUGGUAUUAACUGAAUGGCAAUUAUGGAUUUUUAACUCUAAUUCACAGUAAACCAGCAAGCCAUAUGUUUAAAAUCCAACCAAAAAUCCUUUUGUUUUGCUGCGUGUCUCACCCGAUUGUGAGAAGUUGCGAGAUCUCUAUUUGUACAAAGAGGGAUAUAAGCGUUACUUGCCGGAGGAACCCAACUGAAGCAGAAAGAGAAGGUGUUCUAAUUUAUCCUUAAAGAUACACGAUAGUAAUUAUUUAUAUAGGUAGAGGAAAUAUAUAUAUAUACACACACACGUAUAUAUAUAUAUACACACACACACACACAUAUACACACACACACACGCACACGCACACAUAUACAUAUAUGCUUUUGGUGGUAAUGAGAAUGGCCCCGCAAAACGCCGACUCGGAAUCUAUGCAAGUUCAGGAGUUGCCUGUCCCCCUGCCGGACCUGCAGAAGCCCGGAAGCGCGGACACCCACGAUGAGACCAUCAGCGAGGGGUCCAUAGACCGGAUCCCUGUGCGCCUGUGGGUGAUGCACGGGGCCGUGAUGUUUGGCAGGGAGUUCUGUUACGCCAUGGAGACGGCGUUGGUCACGCCGAUCCUCCUGCAGAUUGGCCUCCCGGAGCAGUACUACAGCCUCACCUGGUUCCUGAGCCCCGUCCUCGGCCUCCUCUUCACUCCCAUCAUCGGCUCGGCCAGUGACCGCUGCACCCUGAGCUGGGGCCGCCGGCGGCCCUUCAUCCUCGCCCUGUGCGUCGGCGUGCUCUUCGGCGUGGCGCUCUUCCUGAACGGCUCCGCCAUCGGCCUGUCUCUCGGUGAUGUCCCCAACCGGCAGCCCAUUGGCAUCGUCCUCACAGUGCUGGGGGUGGUCGUCCUGGAUUUCAGCGCCGAUGCGACCGAGGGCCCCAUCCGUGCCUACCUGUUGGAUGUGGUGGACAGCGAGGAGCAGGAUAUGGCCCUUAACAUCCAUGCCUUCUCUGCUGGCCUCGGCGGGGCCAUCGGCUACGUGCUGGGGGGCCUGGACUGGACCCAGACCUUCUUGGGCGCCUGGUUCCGGACACAGAACCAGGUGCUCUUCUUCUUCGCGGCCAUCAUCUUCGUGGUGUCGGUGACCCUGCACCUGUUCAGCAUCGAGGAGGAGCAGUACAGUCCCCAGCAGGAGCGGGGCGGGGAGGCGGCCGACGCCCUGGCCCCCGCUGCCCGCGUGCACAUCCUGGACGGUGGCGUGGCCCUGUUCCCCGAGGAGGUGCAGUCAGAGCAUGAGCUCACCCUGGACUACCUGAGUGUGGACAUGGUGCGGAGCAAGAGCGACUCCGUGCUGCACGUGCCGGACGCCGCCCUGGACCUGGAGCCCGAGCUGCCCUUCCUGCCCGACAUCGAGCCCUCCAUCUUCCACGACGGCUCAUACCCCGGCACCCCUCGCAGCACCAGCCAGGAGCUCACCAGAGCCAGGCCGGCCCGCCUGGCCUCACUGCUCAGGGAAACUGCGAAGGAGGAUGAGACGCUGCUCGAUAAUCACUUGAACGAAGCCAAAGUCCCCAACGGGAGCGGCUCUCCCCCAAAAGACGGCCUGGUCGGCUACACCAGGGUGGACACGAAGCCCUCGGCCGCCUCCGGCUCCAUGAGGCGGCGAAGGCACAUGUUCCGCCGCCAGGCCUCCAGCACCUUCUCCUACUACGGCAAGAUCGGGUCCCACCGCUACCGCUACCGGCGGGCCAACGCCGUGGUCCUCAUCAAGCCGUCGCGCAGCAUGAGCGACCUGUACGACUUGCAGAAGCGGCAGCGGCAGCGCUGCCGACACCGGAACCAGAGCGGGGCCACCACGUCCAGUGGGGACACGGAGAGCGAGGAGGGGGAGGGUGAGACCACCGUGCGGCUGCUGUGGCUGUCCAUGCUGAAGAUGCCCAAGGAGCUGAUGCGGCUGUGCCUCUGCCACCUGCUCACCUGGUUCUCCGUCAUCGCUGAGGCCGUGUUCUACACCGACUUCAUGGGCCAGGUCAUCUUUGAAGGGGACCCCAAGGCUCCCUCCAACUCGACUGCCUGGCAGGCCUACAACGCCGGUGUGAAGAUGGGCUGCUGGGGCCUGGUCAUUUACGCGGCCACCGGUGCAAUUUGCUCAGCCCUGUUACAGAAGUACUUGGACAACUACGACCUGAGCAUCAGGGUCAUCUAUGUGCUGGGGACGCUGGGCUUCUCCAUUGGCACGGCUGUGAUGGCCAUGUUUGCCAACGUCUACGUCGCCAUGAUCAUGAUCAGCACCAUGGGCAUAGUCUCCAUGAGCAUCUCCUACUGCCCCUACGCCCUGCUCGGGCAGUACCACGACAUCAAGGAGUACGUGCACCACAGCCCCGGGAGCUCCAAGCGUGGCUUUGGCAUAGACUGCGCCAUCCUCUCCUGCCAGGUGUACAUCUCCCAGAUCCUGGUGGCGUCUGCCCUUGGGGGCGUGGUGGACGCCGUUGGGACCGUGCGCGUCAUCCCCAUGGUGGCCUCCGUGGGCUCCUUCUUGGGCUUCCUGACAGCCACAUUCCUGGUGAUCUACCCAGAGGUGUCGGAAGAGGCCAAGGAGGAGCAGAGAGGCCUGUCUUCCCAGCCGACGGGUGACGGGGAUGGCGGCGAGAAGCCCACCGUCCUGACGCUGUCCCGGAAGGAAGGCCUGCAGGGGCUAGUGGAGACAGAGUCGAUGGUCUGAGCCUCACCCCGGUGCACACACAUUCCAGGGGGGGUGGCCGGGGGGGCACGGGUGGCGGGCGGGUUGGUCACUAUUGGCUUUGGUGGCAGCACAAACCAGAGUUCUUCACAACACGGUGGGGAUGCAGUAGCUGUAGGGUAGGGCUGAGCCACUAGGCAAAAACACCACACUAAUUACUUUUUCCACGAUUAAAAAAUCAUUUGAAAUAUU